CUUUAUUGUUUAAAGCCGCUCUGUUCUGUUCCCAUAUAUUAGCCAUAUGUUUCUAGUGACAUCAUGAAUUAUAUAUCGUUUUCUCGUUCAUACGGUUCCCGGGUAAUCCGACCCUCAGAAUUUUGGAAAUGCCUUUGGAUAAUAUUUUUUCAAUCCAAUGACACAAUCUCUGCCUCAUUCCUCUACAAAUUUCGACAACUGAAAUUUUCUUUUAAGGCAUGCCAAUCGUGUUUCUAUGGUGUCAUAACGAAGCUGCCAAAUAAGCGUCAGCGCCCAACCAAAUAUGUUGUCAUAUUCCAAUGAAGUGUUGUGGCAGGAUAGGGAAGUUCGCUUCGAUGUUCCGCGUUGCGAUUUCGUUUUUAGAAAUGGAGAAGUAAACUUUAAACUCUUGGAAAAUGUCGAAGAUGUGAAAGGAAAUAAUGGAGACAAAGGGGAUUUAUACAUUACCAACUUAAGGUUGCUCUGGAUAUCUAACUGUGUAAUGCGGAACAGUUUGUGUAGGAUUAAUUAUAUGCUAUUACUUACAAUACUUAAGCUAUUGGCUUUGGCUGCAUCAUAAAUAUUUGUUUUAAGAAUGUCAAUUCAGUAAGUACAUGAGAAGAUCCAAUUUAUAGCUAGAAAGCAGCUGAAAAAAGCCUGGCGGUUGAUGUUCUUACUGCGUUUUCUGGGACAAGGUAUGAAUUCAUUUUUGCUGAAUGCGGAGUUGGUGAUUCCAAAAUGAUGGAGUACAUUACAACAGUUUACAAGGCAUAUGAUUCUACGAGGAUUUAUCGAGAGUUACGGGUUCGCGGAGCACUAGUGAAAGGAAACCUUCUUAUGUUAUUGCCAUUAGAAAGUUUAUUUGAUGAAAUAGAUGGAGUAUGGAAUCUUUCAUCUGAUCAAGGAAAUCUAGGGAAGUUGUUUGUAACAAAUUUUCGACUUGUUUGGACAUCUAUAAUUAACGUGAACUUCAAUAUUAGCAUUCCUUUCCUGCAGAUACAAAUGAUUGCAACCAGAAAAUCUAAGUUUGGAGAGGCACUCGUAAUUCAAACUACACGGCAGGCAGGAUCGUAUCUUCUUGGGUUUCGAAUAGAUCCACGCGAGCGUCUCAAUAAAGUAGCGAAGCAACUUGGUAGUUUACAUAGCAUUUAUUGGAAAAACCCUGUUCUUGGAAUUACUACUGGUCAAACAAAAGAUGAAACAAUACAAAAUGUAAAGAAAAUAAAUGAAGAAAUAGAUGAAUCUAGAGGUCGAACUGCUGAAGAUCACUGUGAUAUUCUUUCAGUUUAUCUAGCGGAUGGAACCAAACUAAAAGACAGAGAGCCAGUGUAUAACGAGGACCUUGGCCUUGCUGUCGAACGUCUACCAGAAAACUACACUAUAUCUGACUUGUGGAAGAUAAUACCAGAAAGGAAAAAAGAUAAAUGA